GAAGUCAGUGACUUUACUCACUGUAUCUUCCAAUGAAGACUGAAGGGGAAGGAACCUCAAACUAUGGAAACAUGCUUUUGAAAAGUCUUCACACAGGGUCACUAAUACAGAGGUGGAUUUCAAUUGCAUUACUACACAUGUCUAAGAAGAUUAUUAAAGCAUCUAUCACUGGGGGCCUUUCGGUGGACAGAUGAAUAUGUCUCUGAGGCCAGUCACACAUCAAGGGCCUCCUCACCUCAGAGCAGAGGAGCAAGGCCAGCAGAGGCAGCACAUCCUCGCUGUGUUCCUGCCCAAGCCCGUUCUCCAGCUAGUGAAACCCCAAGGCAAACACACAGUCUUCAAAAUGAGUAAAGAGGUGAUAUAUGUGAAUAGAGAUUUUGCCUAUUCAGAGAAACAGGAUGAAAGACAUGCAACUCACAAAAGGAGAGAAUUUCCAUGGCAUAGCAUUGCAGUAAGUUUGGGGAUUUUAUGUCUUUUACUCCUGUUGGCAACCUCAGGCUUAGGGAUUAUGUUUUUUCAGUGCUCUUCUAAGUGCAAAAUACAAGAUAAGAAACACAGAAAUGAAAAAAAUGCUUCCUCGCCAGCAGUCGAAGAUGACUUAGUCUUAUCACCUAGUAUAGAAAAAGGUGAUACAUGUUAUGGAAAGUGGUCCUGUUGUGGAAAAAACUGCUACUAUUUUUCCAAAGAAGUGAAAACAUGGCAUGAAAGUAAGAAGUCAUGUGAAGGUCGUGGUUCUCAUCUCAUUAAGAUAGAUGACGAGGAGGAGCAGAGUCAGAAGUGGAAACUUUGUGGGAAUGUUGAACGUCAUAUGGUCAUUGGUUCUCUUUCUUCUGACAUAGUCUCUGAGGCCAGUCACACAUCAAGGGCCUCCUCACCUAGAGCAGAGGAGCAAGGCCAGCAGAGCCAGCACAUCCUUGCUGUGUUCCUGCCCAAGCCUGUCCUCCAGCUGGUGAAACCCCAAGGCAAACACACAGCCGCAGGCUUAGGAAUUAUGUGUGAGUAUCAGGAACAUACAUUUCUUAUUGCAACAAUGAGCCAGGAUGAAAAACGAGAUACUGAAACUACUGAACUUCUGCUGAAACUUUGGAAACUACAGAGUCCUGUGGAAAUGUUAGUAGUCACGAUGGUGUGCACGGUAAUAUUGACACUGAUGAUGAUUUUAUGA